AUGAGCGCGGAUCUCUUCGACACCUACGUGUCCUGGCUGACCACACAAAAGCAAGCGGACAUCGUGGUUCUAGAGGAGACACACUGGGGCAUGGGGCGCACUCCCAACACCUGGACGCGAGAUGGAUGGCACUUUAUAUCUUCACCUUCGCCACACACGCGCUACGCUGGGAUCUGUAUUUGUGUUUCUGAACGUAUCGUUGGUGCUGAAGAUCUAGACUUUCGGGAUGUCAUCCCAGGCCGCUUGGUCCAUGUUCGUAUACAUAACCCUUUUCAGGAUGCUUCUGUGGACAUUGUUGGGGUUUAUCAGUGGGUCAAGCAAACCAAAGAUAGGGUAAGCAACGCAGCCAAUCGUAGCAAACUCUGGGCCCAACUCGGCCGUACUUUGGACUCCCUACCACGACGGAACGUACUCCUCCUGGCCGGCGACUUCAACUCUCAUUGCUGCCGCUUGGACCACCCCCGUAGGACUCCUCAUCUUCCCCAGCAGGUCCAACAUGCGGUAGCUCACAUGUGGGAAACUUUCCGAACUUGGCGCCGUACUGGUAGGCACAAUUCUAGGGGUAGGCGAAUCUUUCAAGUAUGGCGUCGCUUUGCUGCCUUCCGUGCAGCCAGCAAAGCGCUACGGCAGGCCAGUGUGCAAUCUCGCCGGCAGCGAGUGCAUGAUCUAAUUGACCGUGCAGCCCAUGCCGCUUCUAAAGACCAGCUAAGUGAACUCUACAAGAUUACCAAAAUCCUGGCCCCAAAGCGACGCAUGGAGCGGGUCCUGAUCCGAGCGCCUGAUGGGAGCAUGCUGAAACCGGCCCACCAAUUUGAAGCCAUCCUUCAAUACUUCAGUAAAGCCUUUUCGGACCCGAACCCCUUCAGCCCCGAUGAUACCCAGGUUGUGCCUGCCAUCACCGCUGAUGUCCUAGUUGAUGAGUUGCUACAGGCAGCCCCGCAAUUUGCGUACAUAGCCGGCAAGUCCAUCGACAGUGCUAUCAUACGGGCGGCGGGAGAGGUCAGUAGUAAUUGCUACGGGGCGGUGAUGAUAGGCAUUGACCUGAGUAGAGCCUUCGACAACCUCACACGUGAUGUCUUGCAGCGCUCGCUACAGCAUGCCGGCGUCAACCCAGGGCUACAGCGAAUCCUGCUUGAGAUACACCAGCAAUGUUCCUACGAGCUCCGACACCAUCAAUACAAAGGGCGGUUCCCACUUAAAAAGGGCGUUAGGCAGGGAUGUGCAGUGUCCCCAAUGUUGUACAGCCUCUUUACGGUGUGGCUCAUGGCCGAGCUUAAGACCAGGGUUUCGCCCCAAUGGGUUGACGAGCUGAUGACGUGCUUCGCAGAUGAUACGCACCUGGCUUGGCGUAUCUUCGGGCAGCCUGACUUAGCCCAAAUGUGCCGCACAGUGCGAGAAAUCUUUCAGCUUCUCGAGGAAUGUGGUAUGGUAGCUAACGCCGAAAAGUCCUCGGUCGUUCUUGGUCUUAGAGGGUCCCUAGCUAGGAAGUGGAUCAAGCUUCACACGGUUAUGCGCGCUGGCAAAACCUGCAUCAACUUUGGCACGCCUAACAAACCAUUGCUGAUUCCUCGAGUCUCUGCCUUCGGUUACCUUGGUGUACAGGUCUCCUACGGGGCUUUCGAGUCGCAGACUCUGGCCUGCCGACAACAGGCUGCGUCUGCCAAUCGCAUGCGGCUAGCAAAGCUUCUGCACAGCAAACGCAUCGCACUCAAGCGGCGACUCAGCUUGUACCUCUCUUGUGUGCGAAGCUCUCUGCUUUUCGGGCUUCAUGCUACGGGCUUUACGGAGGCCGUGCUUCGUAGAUUGGAUGCGCUGGAUUCCCGGCAUCUGAGAGCCAUUGCACACUCACCUGCCCACAUUACUCAUGAAAGCACCCUCUCCCUCCGAAAGCGCCUCAAAGUCUCCAGCCCGGCGGAAGCCCUCACAGAGACCGCUCCCAUGGCGACGGGACUCGCGGAGAUGGAGAAGGCGACCGUGGCACGGAAGGAGAUCGAGGACGUGUGGGGCAAGCUGCCACAGCGGAUGGAGACCGACCAAUCGGGUCAGGAGAAGCGGGGGCAGGACAAGACCAUAGCGGACGCAGAUCGCCAGAACAAAUGGCCCAAACCAGCCUACAAAGGUUCCUACGGAAAGGGCCAAAGCCAGUGGAGGGGCUGGGACAACGAGCAGGAGGAGGACACGCACCCAGCUGUGCUCGACGAGGCGACCACGCAUCUUUUGCGCACGUUGACCAAGCUGACCCUCCGAUUGGAGGAGGAAAUGGGCCGCUUUCGGGCGGACACUUGCUUCAUGCUCUUCGUGGACACGGUGACGGAGCAGAACACCCUCCAGCUUCUGAGGGAAGCCGGCCAGAAGUGGCAGGAGGGCUUCGAAGCGGGGACGGUGACGACAUCUCUUCGCAUCAUAUUGCUAGGGGGCCUGCUCCAGAAGCUUCACGAAGUCCUGGACUUGGUGAUCUCAGACGAUGGAUUGCGCGAGCGGCUGAUGAAGGUGGGCUGGCUGUCGGAGGGCGCCACAGCCCUCACGCCGAUGUGGCAUUACUACCGAUGGGACCCGGAAGCCAGAGCACAAGUCAAGGACGAGAAGCCGCCGCUCAGCCACGAGCGAGUGUUGCAUUGUGUCUCCACGCUUCAGAAGACACUGUGCGAUCCCCAAGUGCUCCUGCGAUUCCGGGCCACGCACCCACUCGGCGAGGAGACACAAGCGGAGGUGGUCCCCUUCAAGAUGGCCAUCAGCCUUCGAGGACAGGCCUCGGUGGAAGCCUUCAUGGCACUGAGUGCGCUGAGCUACUGCGGUGCCCUCAAGCUCCUCGGACUUCGUUUGCGACCGGAACGCAUGCAGAAGUCAAAGAUGGCGUCCGAGCUCGAGGAGGCCUACUUGAACACCAGCUUCACGGACUGGACUCGCCGCAAGAACCAAUGGCGGCGCAACCAGAACGGCGGGAAGCCCCAGAAGUAA